AUGCCUCGCAAAGCAAGCCGUUCAACCCCAGCCAGGGCGCCAAGUCAAAAGCGUCAAGCUUCUACGUUGCCUAUUCGUUCAACGCCAAGCCCAGCUUCUCAAACAAAAUCUCAGUCUAACUCACAAGCAAGCAAUGUUCCGGCAGUUUCUCCAGCAGCUCCUGCUGUAAAACAACCUAGCUUGUUAGGACAGACGGCUUCGACUGCAGCUGGUGUUGCUAUCGGGCAUAAUAUUGGACAUGGGAUCUCUUCUCUUUUCUCAGGUGGUAGUUCGGCUGAACCUCCUGCACAGGAUGCUCAAUCGCAAUAUUCUCCUCAAACUCAAUACGAACAACAAUCUUUUCAACUUGAUGACCAAUCCACUAGUGACAGAACGUGCGAACGAGAUGCAAAGGCUUUGUCCAAAUGUUUAGAACAAAAUAAUUAUAAUACCAAUUUAUGUCAAUGGUAUCUAGAAAAUCUUAAGGCCUGUCAACAAAUGGCGUCACAGUUUUAG